GCGACGGAGAUCGAAAGUGGUCUUAUUUGCAGCAUCGCGUUGCCCACUCGUCGACUGCGGCGGCCGAGGAAUAAAUUUCUCCUUCUAAAGUCCUCCUCACACGACUGUCCACAGUAUAACGAACGAUAAUCGUGCACGAAAUGGAUGAACUAUCCAGAUAUUACCAGCACCUAUACCGUACCUAACCUGCUACCACCGUGGCCGUGGUGCGAUUGUUCUAAACACCAUCUACCGCGUUAUUUUUUUUUUAAUUUUAUCUUUAGUUUUGGUUUUCUUUCCAGUACUAAGCAAUAUUGAAUUAUUCAAAAUUAAAGUAAAUACAACGCAUAAUAGUGGUUCAAAUCGUACAAAUAUGAAUUCGUGGACGAAUACUGCUAGAAGUGUAAUUUUGUUCCUGACGUUGUUCAUGUGUUUUUUCGCUGUUCGAAGUCAGACAGUCGUCCCUAGAACUGGCCAUAAGAUAAACGAACCACAAGGUGGUGAUAUAGUCAGGCAGAAUAGCAUUACGCAGCAAAUACUGGCGCAGUACCUGCAAAAGCGUCUGAUCAGGGCGGGCGGGAGUGCUCAACAAAUCGUUCAGCCACAGUUGCUAUUGCCGACCGGUGGAAACGAUUUGACGGCCGGUGUCGUCGGUUUAAAUAAUAACGGUAUUCAGAGAAAUGUCGCCGAAAAUCUUUACGACGGACGUCCCGAUGACGAUGACGAUUCCAUCGAAGACGCGCGAUAUUAUCAAGGUGAAUGCAGCAACAAUAAUUGUGUCGAAGAUAGCGCUUCUGUCAUAAAUAAGUGGUCAUUGCCACUUUUACGAUCGGGAGACAAAAAAUUAUACCUGGGAAUAUUUUUUAAGGCUAACUGGUACAAAGCCGCUCAAUACUGUAGAUAUCAUGGAAUGCAUUUGGCUAGCAUAAGUAGCCAAGAAGAGAAUGACAAAUUGGAAAAAUACAUUAAAGACAAUGGCUUAGGUCAUGAACACUUUUGGACUUCUGGUACGGAUCAAGCAGAAGAAGGAUCAUUCUUUUGGUUAGCCAAUGGCCGGCCGAUUGGAUUUACUAACUGGAAUGCCGGGGAACCGAACAAUUUUAAAUAUGAAAAUGGCGAAGAGGAACAUUGUUUAGAGUUAUGGAAUCGAGACGGCAAAGGUCUAAAAUGGAACGAUUCACCAUGUUCGUUUGAAACUUUUUUUGUAUGUGAAAUGUGAAGAAUUAUAGGAAAAAAAUCAUUAAGAAUAAUUGAAUUAAUUGUACUAUAAAAAUAUUGAGCAUUACUAUAAUUUAUAUUUGUAUCACAUUAGAUUUAAUUUGUAAAUAAUUGUAUUAGAUAAAUCUCUCAAUAAAUUUAGAUUUAAUUAUUUAAAUAAAAAAAAAAUAGUUUCUAAACUGAUUAAAAUAUAUGUAUUAUUGUAAAAGGUAAGUUAUCAGUUAAGUAAAUAUUAAGAAAAAACCUUUAAAAUAUAAAUAUAAUUAGAUUUACGUUUAUAUAGUAACAUCAAACUAGAUAAAAUGUUAAAAGGUAAUAUAAAAAACACUCCAAAAUUUUUUGGAUGUAUGUUUAUAUAAUAGAAAAAAUGUUUUAAUUAUUUUUAGUUGUUAUUUAAUUAAUUUUUAACACUUUCAACGCCCCCCGCGAUUUCGGCAGUUACACCGCGAUGUCACGUCGAUGGCAUUAGAAACACAACUUUGCAGUCAACUCUACAUUGAUUCAUAAAAUUGUAAUUUGACAUUUGUAAUAUUACAUUUUUAUUAAUAGUUUUUACCAGUCUUAUGGUCA